ACAUAAUUUUUUUUUGGGAUUAUAAUUUGCUUCAAUAAUAGUUCUAUCUCAUGAAUGAUUAUAUUCUCAAAGAGCUAAUUUUUUUGAUCAAUAUAUAAUUGAUUCUAUAUAUAUACUUCUACAUCUCAAGAGAGUGGGAUAGGAUUAUUAUUGUGUUCCUUUUAGCAGCUUAAUUGCUAGCUAGCUAAAGAUGGCUGUUUACCUUCACCACCCAUGGCUCUUUGUGUUUGGAGUCUUAGGGAACAUUGUAUCCAUCUUCCUUUACAUUUCCCCAUUGCCCAUGUUUGUUAGAAUCUGCAAAGCAAAAGCUACAAUGGGCUAUCAAGUAGUGCCUUAUGUGGUAGCCUUGUUUUCUGCAAUGCUGUGGAUGUACUAUGCUUUUCUUAAGAAGAAGCAUGCAUUCCUUUUGAUCUCCAUCAACUCAUUUGGCUGCCUUAUUGAAACCAUUUAUAUCUCCAUUUUCCUUGCUUAUGCCUCAAAACAAACUAAGCGUCAGACUAUUAAGCUAGUGGUUUUGUUGAUCGGAGGAAUGUACACGGUGAUAUUUGUGACCACCAUGUUUACAUUUUCGGGGCGGCUUCGUAUAAAUGUUGUGGGAUGGAUAUGUGUGGCCGUCUCUGUGUGUGUUUUCGCUUCUCCCCUCACUAUUAUGUUUCAAGUAGUGAGAACGAAGAGCGUGGAAUUCAUGCCGUUCAGCUUGUCAUUAUUUCUCACGCUCACUGCAAUUGUGUGGUUUGGUUAUGGUAUGCUAUUGGAAGACUUAUGCAUAGCACUACCAAACGUGGUGGGAUUUAUAUUGGGAAUGGUCCAAAUGGUGUUAUAUGGGAUCUACAGAAACGAAAGGCCCGUUAUGGACGACGACAAAAUGGCCGUGCCGCCAGAGCACAUUAUUGUAAACAUGGUGGUUCCCGUUGCCGGCGAAAACUCCGAAAACUCAAAAGUAAACAAUGGCGCCAAUGAUGGAAGUGAGGGAUUGAGGGUAGGAGAAGACAACAAUGACAAGAGAAUAACUCCACGGUCCCCAGAAAUUGUGGAUGAAGUUAUUACAAUCAAAGCUAUAGGAGGAGAUAACACCUCUUCUUAUGGUGGGUGCAGCUCCUAAUGCAUGGUUUCAAUGAAGCAGCACGGAAACGUUCGAGAAAGAGUCAAAAAAUGUCAAAGUUAUAGGAGAGCGCCCUUCUUAUGGUGGGUGCAUCUCCUAAUUAAUGGUUUCAAUGUAGAAGUGCGAAAGCGUUUGAGAAAGAGUACUAAAUGUAGUACUUGUUUUUAUAUAAACGACAUGUUUACUAUUUCAUGUGACUACAUUUUGUGUUGAAAUGUUUGCUACAAUAAGAUUUGAUACACG